GGCAACUGGUCCAACCGUUGGUCUAGCAAUCUCUUCUUUAGUGACAGCUGUUGGUUGUUUAUCAGUCGCAUAUCUAUCUGGCUGGAAAUUAAGUCUUGUUAUUACAAUUUUUGUUCCAUUUAUUGUCGUUGCUGGAAGUUUGUCCAUGUUGUUACUUGGCGGGAAAGCCAGAUAUGGCGGAGAUGAAGAAAGCGGACAGGUAACUAUGUUGAUAGUUAUUAAAGGGAAAUGGCAAUAUAAAUUUUUAUUUUCUCAUUUGAAAGAACUUCUUUUACCGAUUUUUCAUAUCUUGCUUACAUCUUGAAAUAUUUUUACUUGAAGUAAUGAGAUGUCCGCCAUCUUGGAUACAAUUUUGAUCUCAUUAACAGUAGUUUUGGUGACAUCACAAGAGGGAUCUUACAAGUUCCUUCAAAUGAGAAAAUAUAUUGCCAUUUCCCUUUAAUACCGCGGUGCACCACGUUAACAGUUUGCGGUAAUUCUGAGAAUUUGGGUCAUCAUUCUCCCAUUCAGUCGCUCAGUCACUUAUACCCUCGAAAAAAAUGGAAGAUGUCUAACAUUUUCAGGAUUUAUUUGUGUCGGAUAUAUAAGCGUACAGGCCCAAUCCUUUCCGGGGGUGGCACUUAAAAGUUUGCCCAAAUUUGUAAGUUGAUUUUCCCUAGCAUUUGCUCGAAUUUCUUUGCUUUUCUAAUUCUUUUUUGUUGGGGGAGGCACCCCCCCCCGUUAUGUCAUAGUAGUACAUGUUUCGUUUGCCUUUGUCUUGUGAACAUAAAGUACAUUAAGUCAUUUAGCUACCUUGUUUGACCUAACGUAACAAACCUUUCCAAAGAAUAUUUCCUGUAUUUUGAUGAUAUGUCUUGAAACAUUGAAACAUUAACAUCAAGGCCGCGAUAGGAUGUGCACCGUGGGAUAUUCCUGACAUUGCGAUUCUAAUUCUAUAUAAUUGUGUUUUAAAUUGACUUUUGCUUUUUCGCUUAGAUCGCGAUCGAGACCAUCUCGAACAUGCAAACAGUUGCAUCACUUGGAAGAGAAGAGUUAUUUUUUCAAAGAUAUGUUGAAGUUGCUGACAGGCAUUUCUUGUGAGUUUGAUCUUACAUAUUUUCCAUCUUUCUAAUGCAGAACGAUAUAGUACUUCCACAUGUUCUUGAAUUAAGUCUAUUUUCCACUUCCACUGUGUCGUAGCGGAUCACGAAUAGGGAGUUUACGAUCUGCGAUAAAACAUAUAAUACCAUUGUUUGUGGAAACACCAAAUUUCUUUGUUUUAAAAGCGCGUUGUCGAGCCGGCCGCGUCGUAGAUCGUAAACUCCCUAAUGUGGAAAAGGCUUCGCGCGGAGAACAGCUGCAUGUAUCUGAAUGUGGAUACUUGCUGCACGUACAUAUGACACAUAUGUGAAAAGAGUCAGUGAACGGUCUAUUGAAAGUCGUGGGUUUUCUCUGGGUACUUCAGUUUUUCCCCACAAGAAAUGUUGACAGGGUAGGUUGGGGACUAAAUCCGAACGGUCUGCGCCAGUGUAGGUCCCAUGCUAACCCUGUCAACCGAGGCUGAUUUCCAAUGAUAACAAAACUUCUGUUGAUAGAGAUGCAAAAUUCCAUGUUAACUGUUAACUCCUUUUCAGGUAGUGGAAUCUCUAUCGACCAAUUAAAGUUUUGGUUUUGGUUGGGAUUAGCCCCUAAUUGACCCUUCCGUCGUAGCUGUGCUCCGUGAUCUGACAUGAGUCGUAAGGUGGCUCGGUCAGGUUGAGCUAUGUCAUUCGCAAUUCAACUAGUUAGCUCUCAGCUGCAAGUAAGGAUCAUUACCCCCAAUUACUUAUACGUACUUACUCAGCACUAUACUUUCCAACGUAUUUGGUCAACAAGACGUGUUCGCUACGGACUUGCAAGUCUUUCAUCAACUUGUAUCAAUGCAGUUCUCAUUUUGAACAUGUUUUAACGCACAACCCGUUAACAUGUACUUGUUCAACAGGAUGGUGGACGUGUGUCGAGUCUUCAACGUGUAUAAAGUAUAAUUCUUAUAUAGCGUGUCAAAGUUCAAUUUUUCUAUUUGCCGAUUAAUAUUAAUUUAAUAACUUACUGACCGAGAUAUUAAACCAAGGUCAUGUUGUAUUGACCGAGCGAUAAGCAUGAGAUGAGUAAUCUGUCCAUUUAUAUAGAAAAAGCAAGAGAGGUGCUCAUUACAGUGGUCUUUCAAUUGGUACAUCUCAAUGGAUUCUCAAUCUGUGCAGUGCGGCGUCCAUGUUGUAUGCUGGCAAGCUUGUCAAUGAUGACGAAAUGGACUUUCCUGACGUCAUGAAGUAAGCACAUGCAUCAAUCAUAAACGCCACAAAAAUAUUUUAAUGUUCUUUUGGAUGGAUGAAAGUUGUUACCAAUUCGAAGCAUGUAUUAUUAAGUCUAUUAACGUCUGCUGGCUGUGGUCUUUGAACUCUUACUCAGGUGUUUUGCUGAUGUUAUUCUGACUGUCAAACCGGGCAAGCUGAAAAAUUGCUUGGCGUGAUGGGGAUCAAACCCGCGACCUUUGCAGAGUUUGCGCUGAAAGCCAAUGGUUGCGGGUUCGAUUCUCACUGCGGUCAAGCAUUUUUCAGCUUGCCCAGUUUAGAGACAGUCAGAAUAACAUCAGCAAAAAAUCGCAUGUAUUGUUAUUUUUAUUGCUGCCGCAGCGAACGAGCCUGAAGCGAGCGAGCAAGGCAGCAGACCUAAACUUUAUGUAUAUGUACUAUAUAUAUGCAGAUGAAAUCUCGAUCGUUUCGGCGUAUUUCGGCCUACCACAAUGCACUGCUUCCAGGCCGGCAGGCUAUUCUUGCCUAAUAAACAGGCAUAAGGCAAACAAGCAAUGCGAUCAUCUUUCAUCUUUGGUUUUCUAUUAUGCAGCGUUGCCACUCGUAGUGAAAUUUCACUAUUUGUAGUGAAAUCAGUCCGAGCGUAGUUAUGUAGUGAAGGAAAUUUGAAAUUGCUGAAAUGUAGUGAAAUGCUGAUGAAAAUGUUAAAUAAACCUUGCUGAAAAGUUUAAGGAAAAUAUUAACUUGGCAGACAAACAAACAAUUAAUUUUUACAUAUUAGACAUCUACCCGUAUUCAUAAAGAAAACAUGAAAAACAAAUUAGCGCGAGUUACCGGGGGCCCAGACAUUAGUAUCCAGUUUCACGUCAGCACGUGGCCACUGAGCUUCAUUAUUUUAGUUAAUUUAUUCAACUCUGAAUUUGCAAAUAUGGCGUCGACAACAAACAACAUUGAUGCGGAUGAAUAUUCUGAAGACCAGCAGCACGUGGAACCGGGGCAAGGGUCAUCGAAUUCGAAGAAGGCAAAAACUUGGAGAAUGCAGAAUUUUUCCGAUUCGUGGCCAGGUCAAAAACAAAAUUGUAAAAUUGUUUAUUUUUUGUUGGUCUGUUACAUUAUCUGUUAUUCUGUUAAUAAAAAGACACUCUUACUGGUUUGUUAUCAUUUAGCGAUCGAUAUCAGGUCGAUAUCUAACAAAAACCUGCCAUGUAGUGAAAUGUGCGGCAAAAUAGUGAAAUUUAGUCACUGAUAUACUGAAAUGUGAAAAAUCCGAGUGGCAACACUGCUUUUAUGGAAAGCCAUAGCUUCGAGCGUUAUACGCAGUGCUUUUGCUAUUAUACGCAGUGGUUCGAGCAUCAUACGUGGUGCGUUCGCCAUUAUAUGCGGUGGUUCGAGCAUUAUACGCGGUGCUUUCCUCAUUAUGCGGGGUGCUUUUAACAUAUAAUUUCCAUAUUCUUUCCAUGUAUAUAAUCUCACGAUUGCUUAAAUUUGGUAUGUGGCUGUGCUUUUUGCCUCUGGUCUGCAAUGACAAUGACAUGCUUUUUUUUUAAUGCAAUGACAUGGUUUAUUUAUAAAAAGGUGACUGCACUUUGUGAGUUCUAUAUUAUCAUAUAGUGUUGAUUUAUUAGUAAUAAUAGGUAUAUAAAUUAAUAUAACGCAGCGAAUGCGCGCCAAGCAGUAUAAACGCGGCUGAAAUACGAUAUUAAAAUCUUGAAUGUGCCCUAUGAUUUAAUUAUAUAUAUUGUAUUUGUACUACUGCAUCACAAGGCAGUGCGUAUUAAGUGAACAGAUUCCACAUGUGAGGUUGUCUUGUAUAUAUUUUUGCCUUCUUUGAUAAACAUUAUUAAACACGCAAAUUUAGUGAGACGCAGUCAUUGUCAUUGCCUUUUAACCUCUGGUCUAAAUCAUAUGAUUAUUGAAGCGGGGCCGUUUUGACCUAGCAGUAUUUGUAGGCAAAUUGUCUAUACAAUUUUAUAUACUAGAUAUCACAGCCAUACCUGCCAUUUUGAUCUUUUCCUCGCGUUAGAUAAGUUGAUAAGUACACUCAUUCUUGUUAGCCAUCGUAUCUGUUCGGCUCGAUACGAAACUUCGAGCGCCGAGUUAUCAUACGGCACAUUCAAGUGUAUAAAUUAUGGAUGAUUCCAAUUCAUUACAAAUAUUUCUUACUCUUAUUCUUUAAAAUAUUAAAGAUUUGGGAACAAUGCUAUACCAAGGCAGCAUUCACUACCCUGUGGGUAAACUAGUUAUUCCAAUAAUGGAUCAUUAUAAACAAAUCAAUCAUUAAAUCAUUUAAAUCAAUCUUUAUAAACAAAACAAUCAUUAAAAAGUUUAAAUCAAUCAUUAUAAACAAAUCAAUCAUUAAAUAAUUUAAAUCAAUCAUUAUAGAUAAAUUGAUAUAAAUAAUUCACUUACUAAUCAUGGGGAACUAGAAUAAAGUUGAAUGUAAAGCAAUCCAUACUAAUACCCUAUAUUAUAGAUGACUAGCAUUUGUACGCGUUUCUAAUUGCCUCGUACCAUACAUUUAUACCAAAUCAAACGAUUUCUCCUAGAGUACUAAUGGCGAUCAUUAUGGGUUCAUUAAUGAUUGGUCAACUGGCUGCGUUGAGUCCAGAUUUUGGCAAAGGAAGAAUUGGUGCAGCUCAUCUUUUCAAGUUGUUCAACAGAAUACCAGUAAUUGACAGUGCCUCUGACAGGGGUGUUAAACCAGUAAGUCGAUAACUGCAUGUGACUUUUGUGGCUCCAAUAUAGGAAUAUUUUAUAGGAAGCCUGUUAUGGUAUGUUCCCAUGUACAUCAGUGUUCCAAUUGGUCCAUUCCCUUAAAUUACAGUGUUGAUAAAAUAUUCAACCUGUAUAUACAGUUUUGUGCUUGAUCGGUCACUGUCGGAUGUUUAAUUAACAUACAUUUUUCAUCCAUAUAUAAGACAGAGGGGAAAAUGUAAACUUCACAUGAUGUUAUGAUGAUACAAUUUGCUGCGGAUCUAGCACUAUUAUAAGCAGCCUUAUAAGCCCGCACUGUUAAGCAGACGUCUUCGGGGAUAAAAAGUACACCAAUGAGUUCUCAUUCAAUCAAUUUCUUGUUCCCAGGAUGGUGUAAAGGGAAAUAUUCAGUUUCGAAAGAUUGAGUUUCGAUAUCCAGCCAGGCAAAGUGUGAAAGUUUUGCGUCGUCUCAAUCUUGGAGUAAAAUCUGGAGAAACAUUGGCUUUGGUUGGUAGUAGCGGCUGUGGCAAGAGUACAUCUGUCGCACUUAUUGAAAGAUUCUAUAAUCCAGAAGCUGGUUCAAUUGUAAGUUUAAUAUUUAGUAUUUGCACAGUUCUCAACUAUAUGUGUCCCACAAUAAUUUUUUAUAAAGAGAUAACAAGUAAAUACAGUUACAAACACACUCUGGCAAAUUAUUGAAAAAGAUUUUCACUCGUGUCGAAAUAAAUGCCAUUUUGAAUAUUUUGCUCAUAUUUCCAUUUCAUUGAUGGCACUCAUCAUGCAUUGCUACAGAGCAGGGGUGCAUGAGACAGAAUAAAAACUAAAUACCCAAGGCCCGGCACUUCCAACGGGUCCGGUGAAGAAUUCUGAUAUUUUACCAAUUCUUCAUCCUGGGUUCUGAAACUUGCUUUAACCGACCUUCAUAUUAACUGUAGUGCCGAUACGAAUAAUUCACUGAAUACAAUUCAACAAAUGUACGAUUUACUCAUGAGACAUUGUUUGAAGUACGUUAAAUUUCCUAAACUUUUUUUCCAGACAUUAGACGACAAUGAAAUAAAUGCAUUGAAUCUUAAGUGGUUGCGACGCCAGAUUGGUAUUGUAUCUCAAGAACCUGUGUUGUUUGAUUUAACAAUACGUGAGAAUAUCGCGUAUGGAGACAAUACACGAGACGUUAGCAUGGAGGAAAUUAUACAAGCAGCAAAGGACGCUAACAUUCAUGAUUUCAUCAGUUCUUUGACAGACGUAAGUUGUGUCCUCUUCAGGGUAGAGUGGAGUUCAGGGGGGCUGAGCCUCCCUUGUUAAAAUUUUAUGUUGACUAUGUUGAAAAUUUUAUGUUGAAAAGUAAAACAUCAUGCACUUUGUGAAAAAAGCACCCAAUUCACAGGAAGUGUAGACUUUAACAUGAUAAUGAAUCUUAGAUAUGGAGGCAUCACUAAAAUUGAUGCUGACGGCUUAAAAUUUAGGAUUUCUUAUAUUCUCUUAUUUAACUCUAUUACUGUUUAAAAUUGUGAAAUUGCAGGUUCACAUAUAGCAAAAAUGACUUGCAUGAUUAGAAAGCUUACAAAAAACUACAUAUAAGACUUUUAAACAGCUGAUUGAUUUUCCAAGCGGUUUUCCAGUUAUUCCUAUUUAAAAACGUGAUAAAUGGGCAAAAAUCCCGCCAAAAUCCUGGACACUAGCCCUAAAACAUAUUUUCAACCGCUCAUAACUCCAGAGGAGUUGGAAAAUCAAAGUAACUGCUUAAAUGUCUUAGAUGCAGUUUUUUGUAAGUUUUCUAAUGACGCAUGUCAUUUUUGCUAUAUGUGAACGUGCAAUUUCACAAUUUUUAAUAGUAUAAGAGAUUAAUAAGAGAAUAUAAGAAAUCCUAAAUUUUAAGCUGUCAGCAUCAAUUUUGGUGAUGCCUCCAUAUCUAAGAUUCAUUAUCAUGUUAAAGUCUAUGUACACUUCCUGUGAAUAUGGUGCUUUCUUCACAAAGUGCAUGAUUUUCGCAGAUAUCUGUGCAUAUCCGCUGGACUAACUUGAGUCAUUUGCAAUUAACUGUAGUGUUAAAAUGAUACGAUAAUCAUUUUAGUAAUCUGUAAUUGAUUACUAUAUGAUCCUAUACCAUUAAAUCAUUUAUAUGGCUCCAACAUGAUUUUAAAAAUAUCUUUUUGAACAACUUCCAAAUAAAAAAUACUGGAACUUUUCAUGUUUAUCAUGCCGACCCUCGACGCCUUUUCACCUCCCCCCCCCCAAUGCCUUGUCGGCCUGCCUUCUUUGGAGAAUCCCCCUUGUUACUAGCAUUUCAGUUCUAUACUACUGGUCCUCUUAGUUGUCGAACGUAUAAAGCCGGUUACAAACGAGCAAGUUUUCUAUGACAAGUUUUUCCAUCAGAAGAAGAAAAUUGCAGCAGAUAUUGCAAGUGUAAACGGGCUUUUACCUUGAUCCAUGCAUAUAUAAUUAAUUUAAGAUUAAAUUAUUAAUUUCUGAAGGCGUGCCAAAAAUUUGCAAUCAAGGGGUACUACCUGUUGUUUACAAAAGGAUUUCCAGCUACUGUAUUUCGAGCGGUUUUCCCAGGACAUGAGCGCCGUAUCUUUAUAUUCAGUCUAAGCAUAUAGGAAACCGAAACAAGCUGGUUUUAUUAAAUAAAAUCCAUAAUGAGUAUGCAAUUAGCAAUAAAAUUGCUGUUAAGCCGGUUUUCCACUUCAACCGUAUCGUAGCGAAGCGUGUUUCUUUGUUUCCUGAGCACUAGAGUGGAAUUAAUGACUUCGACACAAAAGAAAAUGCUACGGUACGUUACGAUUGAAGUGGAAAACCGGCUUAAGAAUCAUGCACGUAGCGUGCUCCGGUCGCGCUGUGAUUUGAUAGGAUACGUCCUGGAUACGUCACUAAUUACACUGGCCUGUAAGGCCAAGUGUCUUAAAUCCCCCUUUUUCUGUUUUUUUCGUAGUCGAGAAAUCGAGUUUGCGUUAGCUCAUCGCAGGCUCAGGGUGCAACGAUUAAGCCAAAAUGCCAUCGAUUCCCUCGGUUCCAUGAUUUAGAUAGUAUAGUAAUCAGCUCGUAUAUAUGUACGUAAUAGCCCACUCAUGCCAUGCUUGUGGUACAUUUUUCGUUUAUUAGCCUAUACACUUGUACGCACGCGCACAAUUCCGAACUGCAAUGGCGGCUUUUCACAGAGUGAUCAAACUAUAUUUUACACAGUUUCGUUGAAUUUUCAAAGAAUUGUGCCGGUUUCCUAUGUAUUUUACGUUGUGUCGUACUCUGGACUUUCUUGCGUGUUGAAUUAAUGUGUUUUUCUUUGUGUAAUGACUCGAAAACCACAAAAUAUAAUAUUUUAAUAGUACUCCACGAAAUAUAAUCCGCACGAAAAGCUUUGUGGUAGCUAUACUAAAGAUAAAGCGUGCGUUCAAAAUACCAACAAGAACUAGAACCAUUAUUGUAUCAUUUGUAUGGUUCUCAUUUGCUAGACUUGCCACAAGUCGACCUCGAAGAAACGCAUUUCGUUCGAGCUCGAACUUCGAGGUCGACUUGUGGCAAGUCUACUCAUUUACAAUAACAUUAGUUCGACGCGAAUUUUAAUACAAGUAUGGUAUCAUAUUUCAUAAUACAACAAACAAUGUAAACUAGCCAUACAUUUUGCCGAAUAUAACUUCGGCCCCUUUGGACAUAUCUUUUUCGUGAUAAUGUUAUUGAAACCAGAAUCGAAAACACUAUUUGCUGCCGAAGGCAGCCACCUAUUCUUGACGAUGUGUUUUUCUCGCACCAGUCCGUUUCCGCUUGCCCGAGUUAUGUAUAGCCGAACGACAACUCGAUUUGAUUUGCAUGUACGAAUGUGGUUCGAAUGGUUCGAAUGUUUGGAUGAUCAGAUUUAUGACGUAUUUUGACGUCACAGAAACUUUACUGUAAAAAAUAACAUACUCCAGAUCGCGAUUUGACUUUCCGAAUAUCCCGGUUGAACAUCGCGAACACCACCAUGGACAAUGACAAUUUGUAAACACGUUUAAUAAUUAAUACAUGUACGCAUAAAGGCCUGAUUCCACGGGCGCUUUUUCUCGGCGAAAUGCGAAAUAUUUCGCCUGUUUCUUUUGAAUUGCGACCACUCGAAUAAAUUAUUUCUACUUGAUUGCCCACAAUUCAAAAGAAACAGGCGAAAUAUUUCGCAUUUCGCCGAGAAAAAGCGCCCGUGGAAUCAGGCCUUAAUGGCCUCUGCAUAAUGGCAUAGUCUCAUCGCAAAUGGACUCUUAGUCUCUGACUGUUAAAUAAAAUGCUUUUCAAGGUAAGAUGAAAGUUUGAUCACAAAUAACAACGUGUAUUGGUCGAUACGCGUUGAAACUUGAAGCGAAUGAAUUAACUGUUUUUAAAUUAUUACCGCAUUUUUAGGUGCAUACAAGUCUUCAUAGUAUUACAGUAAAACAAGCGGAUUUCGUCACUUCGUCGAUAUUUAUCAGUUUGUAAAAAAUCUGAUUGAGCUUGAUCGUAGGCUUGAUGGAACAUCGUACUUCUAAGUGAUAAAUAAUCACAGAGAGAGUUUAUUAUUGUUAUUUUGGCAAUAUCAAUUGAGGCAUUGAGCAGUAAUAUGCAGUAUCGUAAAAUUAUCUGACUUGCACAAAGAUAGUCCUAGCAACCCAGUGUGGAUUGUUGUCUGCACAUAUUAACUUACCAGCAGUUACAUGUAAAUAACAUGUCAACCGACGUUUGUAAAAGGUAUGACGGUGUGUAAAAACGUAUCUCUGAGUGAUAUGUCCAUUGUUUAAUAGCAUAAUAUGAAAUAAUCCUACCAGCCUACAUUUAUAUAUUCACCUGGCUGUCACUACAGUACUCGGAGACAGAGUAUACUAUAUUUUUUGAUAAUGCUCACAAUUGUAUUAUAUAGUUUCUGUUUUGCAGUUCUGACUGAGUACAAUCUUAGGGGCUGAUUACAUGGAGAGUUUUCAGCCCGGGCUGAGUUUCAGCCGGGUUAUUAAAAUGAGCUGAAAUUGCAUCACGAUUACAUGAGCAGUUUGAGCCCGGACUGAGUUUAGUCAGAGCUAUAUUUAUAGUCAACCUGGGCUGAACUGUCAGACCGGGCUGAGUGAAAUAAUCUGAGUAUCACAAAAUAGGACAAUAAGCCUGUUACGCUUCUUUGAAGCAAUCAGACGCUGAUUAGUCGACUAUUUGACUUGUGUGAGACUGUGGUUAUAUGUAAAGUAUUUAAAGAUGAAACAAACACGCAAAAUAAAGCCAUUUAAACGGUUGUUUUUUCAGCCUGGGCUGAAAUUUCAGCCUGGGCAGCUCAAACCAGGCUGAAAUUUCACCCCGGGCUGAAACUCUCUCCAUCAAGCAUCAGCAGAUUGUUCAGUUGUUUUGCAAUAGGGGUAGCCUUGAAGGUGUCAUUAUUGCAUUAAAACGAUAAUUGGGACAAAAACUGACUUAAUAUUUCUAUAUAUGGAAUUAUUAUUAAAUUCUACAUGUCCAAUGAUUCAUUCAAGUAUUAUUAUUGUUUAUAUAUAAUAUGAUGUUGUACAGUAUUCAGUGGCAAGCUAGCUACAAUGGCAACUGGUCAUGGCACAGCUAUAAACCUGGAUCUAUUUGAAUAAUGCAAAUCAUUAAAAACUUGCAUACUGUGGCAUGACCUGUUGGUAUGGCUAGCUCACUGAUCUAAUAGAUCAGUGGGCUAGCUUCACCACUGACAGUAUUAUAAUUAUAAAUACAAAAUAUUCAAAUAGUUGAAUAAUGCAAAUUAUGAAAAACUUGCAUACUGUAGCAUGACCUGUUGGUAUGGCUAGCUCACUGAUCUAAUAGAUCAUAGAUCAGUGGGCUAACUACACCACUGACAGUAUUAUAAUUAUAAAUACAAAAGCAAGAACGUAUAUACUAUAAGCAUUGCAGGUAUUCAUAUAUGUAAAACUGUCCAUGCCAAGAAAGUAGAAUUAGAAUAUUUAGCUGACCUUUGACCUUGUGGAAGGUGUUUGGUAUUCAAAUUGCACUUUUCCUACUUCCUGGGCUGUUUACAUGAUGGAAGGUGGGAUGAUUUUUGAUGUAUUGAAAUAAGUCACCAGGUUAAACAAAAGUUUAAAUGCUUGUUAACAGAACUGAAAUAUUGUAGAGAAGAUCAUGUGUACAUUCAAAAAAUGAGAACAGAUUUACCAUUUAGCUCGAACACGCCGACACGCGGCGAUUAUUUAGGGUAUAAAUCGAUAAAAAUCGAAAGCAUUUUGUCGAUGAAAAUCGAUGAAUAUCGACAAUAAUCGAUAAAAUUGGCUAUAAUUUUUUGUGACUAUCGAUUGGUCAUCGGUUGAUCAAUGUGAACUGAUAUCAAUUAAGUAAUUAACAUCGAUUACCAUCGAUUGAUCGAUUGGAUUUCCGAUGAUCGGUUUUUAUCGAUUAAGUACGCCGGGUAUAAAUCUAUCUCUAGAAAAUAAUGAAGUUUUUUGCAGAAUUGUGCACCGUUAGCUUAUUUCAAUACAUCGAAAUCAUCGUGCCUUUCCCGCCUCAUAUCUCGUCCUGACAAAGCGGGAUCAUAAAAACAGCCCCUUAUUCAGUAAAUUGCGCAUGCUGCCUUUGAUCCCUUUGGCAUGAGGCAGCACUUUCCUUGCGAUAGUAACUUCUAGUUAUAGUGUUAUUUUCAAGCUUGUGUCUUAAGAUUUUCAUCUUUUAUUUCGGUAUUUACAGAAUAUUUAUAUUUUUAGCGCGGCCCAUGGAACGCACAUGAAAACAACGCGCUGUUUGGAAAAACCGGAAAUCGAUUCUGUAGGUCGGCAUGAUUUGCACGUUCAUCGAUCUCCAUUACGUCUCCCGAAAAGGUCUUUUAUUUUUUUAAAAAUCAAAAAUUGCUUGCGGUUUAAGGUGGCUCCCUAGGGUUUUUUAAUUUACUACACUAUAGUAUUCAGGAGAUUCUUGUUUCUUUACUUUACAUGAUAUGAAGACGAAAUUUAUUGGACACAUUGACAAUGUUCUCCUGAACAUUGUAAAUUGCUACUUUUGUGUUAAAAACAUGUUGUCAUGGCAACAGCAUGCUUAGAAUAAAGCUCAAAAUUUGUCUUUUUCAGGUCAUUUUAAAAAGUUCCUUCGGUGAAAUUUUUUAAAACUUUGCAUAAAAGAUAAUACUUGUAUAAUGAAUUUUUCCCCUCAAUUUAAAAAAAUUAAAUCGAUACGUUUCUUAGAAAAUUUAAAAAACGUCAAAAAUCAAUAUUAAAAAUUUUCCUAUCGAUUUAAUUUUAAGAAAAAAGGAUAUUGCACUUGUUGUACCGAUAUUAAAAAAUGUGCAAAGUUUUAAAAAAUUUUACCGAAGGAUAACGGAGAAAUUUUGGAUUAAUUUUGGCAAUUUUUACUAGAUUUUUACGCGAACAAUUUAAUACCCCAACUGACGUGUACAUGCAUUCUGCAUAUUAACAACAAGGCAUGACUUUUUUAAAAUCACAAAAUAUAAAUUAUGUUUGAUAUACUGUUUAUAACUGUGUCGGUUAGUGGUCAACUAAGCGUGGAUUAUACAUGUAAAAAUGGCAAAGAUAUUUAGGUAAUUACCGGUUAUGACUUCUUGGUAUUAAUUUGAAAAAUGUUUGUCAAAAUUCGUCCCGUGCGAGUACUAUCGUCGGAUGUUUUCGCAAAAUGCCCGUUCAAAUUUCAGUUUUUAUAGCGGUAUGUUUGGAGUUUCGGUCCUGCUCAUUUCACCCGUAGAGGGCUCAUUAUUUAAGUCAUCUAUAUUGUCAUAAGUGCUGCUAGAUUGUGGAGAAAACACUGGAAAUUCUUGAGGAAACUUUAUAUCCCAAUGUUCACGAUCGAACCUCGCGUACGGCGGUUCAAAAAACAUCCAGAAUACCGCUUGAAAAAAAAAGUUUACAUUAUCUUCUUUUGAAACAUCACAUCCAAGUAUCGUUUUGGCUUUUACAACUCUUUUAUGCUUUCAAACUAAAGCAAAGUUCACACUUUUGUUUCAAAAAAGAGUUCCGUAUAAAACACAACGUUCGUUCGUAUUUUGAAGUCAUACGAGUUUUAGUUUACAAAUAUACGAAGAAUGUAACCCCCGGAAAUAAAACCCUAGGGAGCCACCUUAAGAUUUGCAAAAACAUAAAAUUUGCUUGCGGUUUAAGAUUUGUAUUCCUGCCUUUUGUACCAUAGCACGUAUCUCGUUAUUUUCAGGCCAGUGUGAACGCCUGAGUAGGCGUCUUGUUAUAUAGUAAAUCACAGCGCGACCGGAGCACGCUACGUGCUAGCCUGCGUAGCAGGCGUUUAGCUGACGGGCGGGUACAGAGGGAACGCCUGCCCAAAUUGGCUAUGACAAUUUGUUUUCGCCCAUUAAGGAUGAUUGACGUUUUGUAAUUAGCACCUUCACCCAUUAUCCAAUCAUAGUCGAGAUUUAUAUUUAGCAUCAUGCAUGCUUUUUGCUCGGCAACUAUAUAACCUGAGUUUCAGGCCCUCGGUAUUGAAAGAGGGCCUGACACGAAACGCCUCAAAAGCCAUGUUCAACAUCCAGAACCUGGAUGUUAUGCUGAUUGGCUAAGAGACGAUAAAACGCAUCAUGUGAUUCAAACCGGAAAUAUAUGACCGGCGUAUGUAAACACCAAAAAUAGAAUUUGUAAUUUUGUCAUAUACUGUUAAAAGUGCUUUAUUUCUGAAAUUUAUUUUCAAUUAAUUAAGCAUAAAAAUGACAAAAUAAGUACGAAAAGACGUUGAAAACGCUUUUGCAGCAACAUUUUACUCGGUAUAAAACUAAAACUACAUAGUCAUAGUAGAAAGCGUGUCUAAAUAUCUCGCCGUAAUAGUCGCCAUAGAACGAAAAUAUGUGGUGUCGGAAAUUUUCAAAUAUUUAGUUCCAAAAAGCUGAAGCCUUAUUUAUCAGUUUAUUGCCGAGCUGUUUUCCAAGACCUGCAAGGAUAUAGUAGUCAGCUCGCUCGAACUAAUAUGCCAACAUCAGGCAGAAAUUGAAGACAAUAGCCGCUGUGUCAGACGCAGUUGAAGUAACCUGAAGUUCAGGCCCUAAUCACAGAAUAGGGCCUGACACAAAACCUAUCUAAAGUGUGAGAUUCCCGUCCACCUGGUGGACGGGAAAUCUGAUUGGUUGAUCAGCAUCAUGAAGGAUUUUGAUUGGUUGCAAGUUUACAUAAACAACAGUUUUAAAAAUAACUCGGUCAAGGCGACAAUUAAUAUAAAGAUCAAACGCACGUACAAAUUCCAUUAUCGAUUUCUUCGAAUUUCUUUUUCUUUUAUGCUUUAUGGCAGAAAAUAAAUCAAACAAACAGUAUUUUGAAAGGGCUUUAUCAAAAUCUUGGACGAAUUUUGGACACACGACGCCGAAAGAACAGUCAAACUAGUCAUGUAUUCGAAAGCUUGUUGUUGACAGCCAAGAUGUUUUGCCAACUGGCUUCGCCGGCAAAAGUCUUAUUUUUAAUAUCAGGUCCUACCGGCGUUGUUUUCUGAGCUACAUCGCCUUCUUCGUGGUACGAUUGAGAAUUUCAUUGUUAACGUGCUGUUGUUAGCCCGUUUUAAUAAAGUAUAUCCCUAAUAUCCGCGUCCAGCAAGUUGAGACCUUGAGAAUGCUUGGCAGUCUAGCCGUGCACAGAACUGACUAAUUAAAUCUUUGUCUGAAUCUUAUUUAUAUAAAAGUACCUUGAAUUUUUAAGUUUAAUUAUAGAGCAAAAUGCACACUCUGCGGACAUGUAAUAUAAUUUUUUUGUGUAACGAAAAUAUCUUUAACACUUGUCAAUCAUAUUGCAUGUUGUGUCUAAAAAUAACAUGUGGGCGUCCCACAGUCUAGACAGGUUUUGUGUCAGGCCCUAUUUCAAAUUAGGGCCUGAACUUCAGGUUACAGUUGGGCAAUUGAUAAAACUAGAAUAGUGAAGCGAAUAGUGCGAAUAGUCGACGAAUAGUACGAAUAGUCCGCGAAUAGUCGACGAAUAGUACGAAUAGUCCGCGAAUAGUCGACGAAUAGUGCGAAUAGUCCGCGAAUAGUCGACGAAUAGUACGAAUAGUCGACGAAUAGUGCAAUAGAGACUUUGCAAGGCUUUCCACCGUGCUGUAGAACUAAAUUUACCGAAGCGGGGGGGGGGCUCUAUUGACAAACAUGAAAUCGUGAAAACAUUCGUUGAUGUCAAUGACGUCAUACGUAAUCGGUAAAAAUUACGGGACCACUGAGUUUUAACAAAUAUUUAACAGGAAGUAGACAAUUUGACAAUUUGACAAUUUCCGACAGCCUUGACAAUUUUCCGACAAUUUCCGGCAGCAUUGGCAAUUUUACGACGGGUGUCAACAAUAGGGGAGGGCCAUGCCCCCCCCGGCCACGGCGCCACUGAUGACAAUCACUAGACGUAUGACGUCAUUGACGUACGUCGACGAAUGUUUUCACGAUUUCAUGUUUGUCAACAGAGCCCCCCCCGCCGGUAAAUUUAGUUCUACAGCACUGCUGCAAAGCCUUGCAAAGUCUCUAUUGCACUAUUCGUACUAUUCGUCGCCUAUUCGUACUAUUCGUCGACUAUUCGCGGACUAUUCGUACUAUUCGUCGACUAUUCGCGGACUAUUCGCACUAUUCGUCGACUAUUCGCGGACUAUUCGUACUAUUCGUCGACUAUUCGCACUAUUCGUCGACUAUUCGCACUAUUCGCUUCACUAUUCUAGUUUUAUCAAUUGCCGUUACAGUUGAAGCGAAUAGCUGUCUCGAACAAACUAUUAACAUGACACGAGGACCGAGGAAGAAGAAAUCCUAUUCAGAGCGCCGAAUGUUGUCUCUUUAGACUCCUGGAAAAAGCCAUCGAGCUAUGGUUCCCCGAAUAAGGCAUAGUUUACGCUUAGAAUUCCAUCAUGUGGAUAUUUCGACAAAAACAUACCGAUUUUUCCCGUAUUUAUUCAAAUUUAUAUAAAACUGCAAAUAACGAAAUUUGCGUAUUUACAUACCUGUAGCGGACAACCGGAAAUAUGCUACAACCGGAAAUAAUUUUAAUUGGCUGAUAUUCUGGGGGAGGAAAGCCCGUAGAGGCGAAUUGUGUCAGGCUCUCUUCAGUACCGAGAGCCUGAUACUCAGGUUACGGCAACUACGGAGUUUGCAGAGAUUUUAUGCACUAUUUACAGCACGCGUAGCAGUGUUUUAUCACAUAUAAAGAUGGUCUGAUAAAACACGCACUGCGAAUGUUUUAAAUUGCUUAAAAAACGAUCGAUCUAGUAUACGUUCAUUGGCGAAGUAGCAGUGGCGGCGCCAGGCUUCCAAAUUUGGGGGGGCAUUUGAGGGGCAAACUCGAAUUUUGGGGGGGCAAGAUAUAAUUUUUAAAAAGGUCGCCCCCCCCCCAGGAAAUUCUCCCCCCCCCCUCAAAACGUGGCGAUAUUCCUAGGAAUAUCGCCUCCCAGGGGGUGGGGCGAAUACCCUAGGAAUAUCGCCCCUCUUUAGGACAUUCGCCCCCCAUAUAUGCGAUGUGGUUUAUUCAAAUAAUUUCGUGAUACUUUCAUCUUAUUAUUGCCUUACACGUUUGAGAAUUUAACUCUGCAAAACUAAAGCUGAAACGUAUUAUUGGAGUAUUGGCAAGUUUUACCAUUCAGAGAUUUACAAACUAAUAUUGAAACUGUAAAAAACAGUUUCAUGUAUACGCACAUUCACUAAUGAGUAAUGACAACUUAUAAGCCAUACAUUUUCCGAUAACGACAGAACGCUUGUGUAGCCUUUAGUCGCUCUUAGUGACUAAUAAUUUUUUUGAGGGGGGGGCAAAAAAUAAUUGGGGGGGUUGGCGCCGCCACUGCGGACUGCGUCAGUUUACACUUUCACUGGAUAUUUCUGACAUGACUAAAAUAUUUUAAAAGGAUUUUUUAUAAAUGAGGUAAAUUAGACAUUACAUAUUUUAUUUCUGGGGUAAGUUGUAUCAGUAAACUCUGGAUAGCAAAUAUCUACCAAGCAGGUGGAUAGUGCUUUCAUCAUGAUCAAGCUUUCUAAAAUUGGCAGUUGAUUGGUAUAAUGAAGAUGAAACUUUAGUAUCUAUAAAUUAAAGUGUCUUUAUUUAUGGAGAUUGGCGGGUUUAUAUUUGUAGUUUUGCAAAUAUUUUUUACAAUGGUUAAAAAAUCAGUGGUGGAUAUAUAUAUAUAUAUAUAUAUAUAUAAACAGUUUUGUUUUUCGUUAUAGAUAAAAGAGUGCUCAAUACUACAAAUUAUUUAGCAGAGCGAAUUAAUUUGUUAUCUUAAAAUGUUUCAAUUUAUAUAUAUAUAUAUAUAUAUAUAUAUAUAUAUAUAUAUAUAUAUAUAUAUAUAUAUAUAUAUAUAUAUAUAUAUAUAUAUAUAUAUAUAAGUUGUAAAUAGACAAUAGAUAUACUCCUUAAUUUUUUGUAAAUUUUAUGAGAGCCACAAGUUCAUUAGUACUUCGUACUAUUAAGUGUCACCCUCUUUAAAUAAAGUCUCUAUCUAUCUAUCUAUCUAAUUACUUCCGUUAACGAGAUUAACCAAUGGGAAGCUUUUCCGAAGAUUCUUCGGAGAAGAACAAAUUAAUCAUAGGCAUUUGGGCAGGCGUUUAUUUAACGACGCCCUUUCUUCUCCCGCCCGCACUAAACGCCUGCUACGCAGGCUAGCUACGUGCAUGCAUGAUUCUAACAGCAAUUUUAUUGCUAAUUGCAUACUCAAACGUUUUAAUUACGGAUUUUAUUUAAUAAAACCAGCUUGUUUGGGUUCCUAUGGUCUAAGUUUUAAGGAAUUGUUCGAAUUUAUACACGAAAAAUGACAGGUUUUCUUUAUUUAGGGUUAUGAAACCAGGGUAGGUGAUAAAGGUACAUUAAUCUCGGGUGGACAGAAACAAAGAAUCGCCAUUGCUCGAGCUCUGGUUCGUAACCCAAAGAUUCUUCUCCUGGACGAAGCAACAUCGGCUUUAGAUACGGAAAGUGAGAAGGUAAUAUCAUACGAAAGAAUACAUAUACCAUGCACGAAAAGCAAUACUGGUUGUUUACUAAUUACAUGAAAGCGAAAGACAAAAUAGACGUUUGAAUACUUGUUUGAAUAGCACAAUUCAAUUUGAGGUUUUCUGAAAGCUAUAGUCAAAUGCACACUCAAUGCAAGCGUGAAGAGAUAAAAUAUUCUGUGUGUAGUGUAAAUUGAUGGAUAUAUUUCUCAAUUUUCAAAUAGCAACUGUAACAAUGAUUAUAAUUAACUUCCCCAAUUAUUGUAUCUAUAGGUUGUCCAAGAUGCAUUGGAUAAAGCUCGAGAAGGUCGAACAACUUUAGUGAUUGCUCAUCGUUUAUCCACCAUUCAAAAUGCCAAUUGUAUUGUUGUUCUGAGAAAAGGCAAGGUAAUAGAACAAGGCACUCACCAGGAACUCAUCAACAAGAGAGGAGCUUAUUACGUCCUUCAAAAAGCACAAGCACUUGGAUCUAACUUGUGAUUUGGUUAUCUGCGUGGAUUCUAGUUCACUACAAGCAUAUGAACAUUUACUUAUACAUUUCACUUUGGUACAACUUUUGCUGAUUAUAUUAAAUAAAUAUUUGCGUGUUGGAUAUCGUUAGUUAGGAUGGUUAAUUGAGGAUUUUUCUAAUUAUAGUUUAUACUUUAGUAAUUAUUUUAUAAUUUAAUUUUAAACAAGACGCCUACUCAGGCGUUCACUCCGGGUACAGGGCCUUAACUAAGCGCAAACUACUUUAACGGAGGGCCCUGAAGGGGUAAAAUGGGAACUGGGAUUGAUCUAUUUUUAGACUGGGAAAAUGGGAUUUGGGUUGCUGGGACUGGGAUUUGGCCACUGGGAAUAGGCAUGGCCCGAUUGUGCUCGUAAAAUCCAAAAAAGUUGCUCGCUAAAACUAGAAAGUUGCUCGCUAAAAAGCAUAAAAGUUGCUCAAAAGUUGCCCGAAAUAGAAAAAAGUUACUACUAAAAUUCAAAAAAUUGCCCGUACUAUUACGUUAAUCAAGAGAUUUAUACAAUUUUUGCACGCUCGGAUGAACUUCUUGUAAUUAACAAUAAACUUUUUAAGAUUCACAAAUAGCAAUACAAAUGUCAUACAAAUAUCAACACGAAUACCUAGAAUAACAAAUCUUCCAAUAAAACAACAUCGCAAGUGUUGUCUUUUAGCUCUGCGUUUCUUACGCUAAUUAUUUCAAGUUUGGGGUUCGACGAGAGAACACAGGCAACCCUUGUCCCCUAGCAAGCAAAUACCAAGGGAAAGCAAGGAAGCAGCAUGCAUUCAAGGGUGUAUUAUUUACAGCAUAUUACAUAGAAUAUUUAAUUGAGCCUGUGCACAUCAUGUAUUACCAUGUACUGAUACAUAAUGUGCACAGAAAUAUAUCGCAGAAAAUGAAGUUGUAAACAUUUCAAUAUUUCAAGCUGUAAAGUUUUAAUUUUAGUAAAAAGCCUAAAAGUUGCUCAGAAAUUGCUCAAAAAUGAAAAAGUUGCUUCAAGUUGCUCGAACUGAAAAAAGUUGCUCCAAACGCAAAAAGUUGCUCCAAAGUUGC